AUGAGUUUAUUAUUUCUUAGCUUGUUAUUUCUUAUCACUACGACACACUCAUUGCCUUACGACGUGCAUUGGCUUGGUGGCCCAACCAUAGUUGACAGAGAUAUUUCACCUUUAAAACAAACUGUGGAUAUUUAUUGUUAUUCUGGUACUGCGAAAAACCUUCUAGCUUUAUGGCAAACUGUUAAGUUUAAUAUUAAAAUAAAGACAGAUGAGUUUAGUCAGUAUCUGGGCGAGAACCCAGAGGAAGUUUAUAAAGAUUAUACAGAGGAUAGCUAUGGCUGGGCAGUGGUCAGUCCAUUUCAAAAGAAAUCCUACAGAAGUGUGUCUCUUAACCUCUUUACACCUACCUGUAUGGCUAUCAAUACAAAACAGAGACAUAGUAUUGAAUUGCAGAUUCAAAGAGUUGAUAUCUGGCGUGUUAUUAUGAUGGCAUCUGGCAUUACCCUCAUAUUUGCAUCUCGCUCACUCAGUGGUAACCCAGUAUUCUUCUAUCUCUGUGGAAUUGUAGUUGGAGUGUCGGCAUCUUUUAUGGUCAUUGUGUAUUAUAUUAGCAGGCUGCUUCCAAGGAAAACCUUAACCUAUGGUAUAUUAAUAGGUGGUUGGACAGUUGGAGUAUAUAUUUUCCAACAGAUAUGGGAGAAUAUCCGAACAUUAUUGCUAUCAUACCAGGCCUAUAUGUUUUGGUACACAUUUUUGGCUGGUUUUAUCAGUUUCAUAGUAUGCUAUAGAAUAGGACCACCGAAGAAUCAGCGAAGCAAGAAUCUUGUUAUGUGGACGUUACAGUUAGUAGGCGUAUUCGUAAUCUACUUCAGCAGUCAGUACCAAGAGGCAUCAGCUGCGGUACUGAUCGCCGCGCUGGUUGCCAAGUACUUCCCUCAAAGCUGGCUUUACAGGAUACAGGGAUAUUGGCGUCGUAGAUUUCCACCAAAACCCCAUUUAUUGACCAGCGAGGAAUACUACGAAGAAGGUGCGCGAGAGACGAAACGGGCGUUGGAACAACUGCGCGAGCACUGCUCUAGUCCUGAUUGUGCGCAAUGGCGGGUCAUGCUGAAGUUACACGACGCUAAACGUUUCGCGAGUUUCGUGGAGGGUAACUCGCAUUUGAGCGACGAUGAAGUAUUGGAUUACGAGUCGUAUGCCUUCUCUAUGGAGAGAUCGAAACCAGCUAGUUCGUCGCGCCUAGAAAUAUCUGAUGAUGAAUCCUCGGAGUAUGACGAUGAAUGA